CCGAAUUUUAGAUAGAAAAAAAUCCCGAGCGGGGAAAGAGGAGCGACAGCGGAGCCUUUGGCAAGAUCCCAGCUUCUGCCUUUCUCCACUUCCAAUUAUUUUGACUAUUGGAGUGUCUUUUAAUUGCAUUAUGAUGCAUAUACUUACAGGAUUUCAUUGAAUCUGUUCGGAUUCUGUUUGUAAAGGGGUGAAGGGGUUAAAACGAAACCUUUUUUUUCGUGGCGACGGAUAAGUGGCGCACGGAUUUUUUCGCUCCAUUUGUUCGUCUCAUAUAUUUAAAGUAAUAAUUAAAUAGCCUUUACUCUGCAUUGUGUUAACGAGAAGAGGCUGUCUGAAUAUGGGUUGUUUGGGGAACAGCAAGACCGAAGACCAGCGUAUCGACGAAAAGGCUCAGCGAGAGGCGAAUAAAAAGAUAGAGAAACAGUUACAGAAAGAAAGACAGGCUUAUAAAGCCACACAUCGACUGCUUUUAUUAGGGGCCGGAGAAUCCGGAAAGAGUACAAUUGUCAAACAGAUGAGGAUCUUGCACGUCAAUGGUUUUAACGCAGAAGAAAAAAAGCAGAAAAUAUUGGAUAUCCGAAAAAAUGUGAAGGAUGCCAUUGUGACGAUAGUAUCGGCCAUGAGCACUUUAAUACCGCCGGUACCACUCGGCAACCCCGGCAACCAGUUCCGAUUGGACUACAUAAAGAGUAUAGCCCCGCUGUCAGACUUUGACUACACCGAGGAAUUUUUUGAGCACGCUAAACAGCUUUGGGAUGACGAGGGCGUGAAGGCCUGCUUCGAACGCUCAAAUGAGUACCAGCUUAUCGACUGUGCACAGUACUUCCUGGAGAGGAUCGACUCUGUACGACAGAACGACUACACGCCAACAGACCAGGAUUUGCUUAGGUGCCGAGUUUUGACUUCAGGGAUUUUUGAAACACGAUUUCAAGUAGACAAAGUCAACUUUCACAUGUUCGAUGUGGGAGGUCAGCGAGAUGAAAGAAGGAAGUGGAUCCAGUGUUUUAAUGACGUGACAGCCAUCAUCUUCGUGGCAGCCAGUAGUAGCUACAACAUGGUGAUCAGAGAGGACAACAGCACCAACCGCCUGCGCGAAUCCCUAGACCUAUUCCGCAGUAUCUGGAAUAACAGGUUUUUACGGACCAUAUCAGUGAUCCUGUUCCUGAACAAACAGGAUAUGCUGGCUGAGAAGAUUCUGGCUGGCAAAUCCAAACUUGAAGAUUAUUUCCCUGAGUACACUCGCUACACAGUCCCACCUGAAGUGACCCCUGACCCUGGGGAGGACCAGAAAGUCACCAGGGCCAAGUUCUUCAUCCGGGAUGAAUUUUUGAGGAUAAGCACAGCGAGUGGUUCGGACAAACACUACUGCUACCCACAUUUCACCUGUGCUGUGGACACAGAGAACAUCCGCCGUGUCUUCAAUGACUGUCGUGACAUCAUACAGAGGAUGCACCUUCGUCAGUAUGAGCUCUUGUGAUUGGCUGCUGCAGUCUUGUGACUGGCCACUCCUCCAAUAAGAUCACUUCUUUUACACUCCCAGAUAGCUGCAGGACUAUGUGAACUACUGACAAGUGACAAUGUUGUCAUGUGAUCUUUUCCCCCACCUUUUGACGCUUCCCUCCGUUUCAUCUGAUCCUUAUUUAUAGCCUUUUUUUCCAAGAUGAGUGUGUGUGUAGGUGCACACACAAGAAAUUCUUGUUUUCAGUUUGUUUGGUUUUUUUGCUUUUGCUUUAAAGUGUUUUCAUUUUUACAUUGUGCGAGCACUGGUUGGAUGUGGACCAGUUAUACUAAUGGAAAUCUGUGGUAACUUCAGGCAUGGUAGUCUGAACUUAGACCUUCCGACUUCUCCUCUGCAAUCUUGUGAAGGUCUUUUAGGAGUACUUGACAUAGGGUGGAUAAUGCACUUUGCAUCAGGUUCCUAAAAUGAAGGCCAGGAAGCAUAAUUCACUAUGUAGCACCACCAUAUUUAUUACUCAUCUUUUUUUUUUUUUAAUGUGUUUUGCAUUUCUUUUAUCACUUUUAUGUCAAGCGUGCAGGGGUUGCAGGGAUAGAUGGGGGUUUGGAAUAAUAUAAAGAGCACAGACUUAAGAGUAGAAGUGGUGGAUUGUAGGACUUCAAGUCCUCUGCAGCUCUAAGCCAAUAGGCACCAGCCGCUUUCUGCCUAGGGAGAACCACCACACUGAUUGGCUGAUAGAUAUCGCUCAUACCAUGGGGGUUGUCUUGGUGGGCGAUAAACCUAUAUAAAUAAAUAUAAAUAAACACAUAAUAUAUUUUUGGGGGAGGGGGUGUUUUAUUAUACUAAGGAAUGUGUAAGGUUGCUUUCUCUUGUACAGGCCUGCAAAAUGUAAUGUUAUUUUGUACAACUUAAUUGAGAAAGAGAAGAAACUUUGACUUGUAGAAGCUCCUUGUGCCUUUGAUUACGGCUGUACCUGUAAAUGGGGAUUAGAUGUAAUUACAUUUUUGACAGCGUUGUACAGCUUGAUGUCAAACCUUAACUGCAGCACAGCCGGCUGAUGGGAAGUCUUUGUCUCUCUGUAGAAACACAUUUUUUCUUGUGAUUUGUAAAGAUUAAUGAAAUCUUUAGUAUAAAAUGAAAAUUAGGCAAAAAAAUCUUGUAUACAAUAUGCAAAAUUAACCACUUACCUAUGUUGAGAACUUACAGAUAGAGUACAUGUCUUUUUUCUGUUCAUUUUCCCUUUCUAGGACUCUUUGACAGCUUUAAAACCAUUGGAAAUCCUUUUAAGUGUCCAAACUUGCGGCCUGCUGAUGUUUUGAGUAGGAAGCAACUUUUUAGACAUGGACUGUGUGCUUGAGGCAUGUGCACAGGGUUAUGGCAUUAAAUGUGUGAAUGCGUGUGUGUGUGCUUGCAUGCACAUGUGCAUGUGUACACUCACAUACACACACAUUGUGUUAAAACCCAAAUGUACAUCUGCAUUUUUAUAUUUAUAUAUGUACAUAUACAUUUAUAAAGUUACAAAAAGAAGCUAUAUUCUAUAAAUAUAUAAUUAUACAUAGAAUGUGUGUGCCUAUGCGUAUACAUAUUUAUGAAUGUCUAGCAAGGUUGUUUGCAUAGCAAUGCAUACACGUAGGCGUACUUUAGAAGCGGGAAGGAAGGUGAGAGAGACUAGUUCCUCACUGACUGUCCCAUAAACCUUCAGGACUACGCAAAGGUCUGGGACAUAUAGGCACUGACUGUCCCUCCUCACAGCCACUGAGCAGCACUGAGCCUCUUCCGCCUGCCCACUGAGUACAUCACAGGACAGUCAUAUGUGAACACGGAGAGCUGGCUAGAUCAAUGGAGAAUGGAGUUGUGUGAGAAGUUUGGGAGAAAGCCCACCUUCACUCAUCCAUUUGUCACUGCCUGUUUUUGUGCAUUAGCACCCACAGCUCACCAUUGUCACAAUCACCACCAUCUGCAAAAUGCCAGGCCAAAAUACUCUUCCACAUUUCCUUUCUGCCCUCAGUGUCCAGGUUUAGUGAACUAUGAUAGACCCAUUUCACUUUAUGAUGUAAUUUGUACAUGUGAGUCACAUUUCACCGGGGCCCAGAUAAAUCUGCAAAUCAGAUGAACAGAAGUCUGAAUGAAUGACCUUAUCCCACCUUCAGCUUGCACACGGAAGUGAGGUAAAGGUGAAUGUGUCCGUUGGCAGUUCAUAUCUGUGUGGUUCCCUAAAUAGCUCCAAAGCACAUAUGUCCACCAUUUCACAGGGAGACCUGGCCAGAGAGGGGGGUAUGGUACUCUAUUGUACUCUAUCUGGAUGGUUGGAACAGGCUAUGUGGUGCCACAGUCACUGUAUGGUGAGGCCAUAGCACUGGUAGAUAGGCUAAUUCUUUCUUUUGAGGCUUCUUCAUGUUCAAAUACUGAGUGAUGACUGAGUGAAGAAAAUUAAACAAAACAAAAAAACCCAACUCUAUCUGGCCUUCAAGGACUUCACCAUUUUUUUUUAUUAUGUUUCUUAAUUUUCAUUUUAAUAAAGAGGCACAUUAGAAGACCUUUGUCUUUGUUUAGAAUGAGAAUGUCAGGAGAAAUGUAAUUUUGCAAAUAAAAUACCUCUAAAAGAAA